AUGGGGAACACGCAGACCAAGCAGGUGUCGUGCAGUGACACAGUCAACCUGAAUCACUUCCGCCUCCUUCGCGUUGUUGGGAAAGGCGCCUUUGGCAAAGUUCGUAUUGUCGAGCGCAAGGACACCGGCUUGACCUUCGCUCUGAAAUAUAUCAGAAAAGAUGAAGUGGUACGCUCCGAAAGUGUUCGAAAUAUUAUGCGAGAACGCCGUAUGCUAGAGCACCUGAACCACCAAUUCCUGUGCAAUUUGAGAUAUAGCUUUCAAGAUAUCGAGUAUAUUUACCUCGUUGUGGACCUUAUGAAUGGUGGUGACCUCAGAUUUCAUAUUUCACGAAAGUGUUUUACCGAAGACGCCAUCCGGUUCUGGAUUGCGGAGUUGGCUUGUGCUCUGCGAUAUAUCCAUAGCCAGGGCAUCGUUCAUCGAGACCUAAAGCCAGACAACGUCCUGCUUGAUUCCAGAGGCCAUGUGCACCUGGCUGAUUUUAACGUGGCAUCCGACUUCAAACCUUCGAGACCGCUGACAAGCAAAUCGGGCACUCUUGCCUACCUUGCCCCUGAAGUAUUCGAUGGUUCUGGUUACCUUAAUGAAGUUGAUUGGUGGUCGUUAGGUGUAACAUUCUAUGAGUGCAUCUACAACAAGAGACCGUUUGAUGGCCGCAGCCACUCACAACUGGGAGAAUCUAUCAUGCGCGCUCAGCCUAAGUACUAUGUGACGAACCCCGCCGUUACCGUUCCUUGCCUACGAGCUAUGGCCGCCUUGAUGGAAAAAGAUCGAUCAAAGCGCAUCGGAGCCACCGGGUUCGAAACCUUUACCUCUCACCCUUUCUUUGCCGAGAUCGAUUUCGAUGCUUUAGAACGGCAGGAGGUCGAUCCCAUUUUUGUUCCUUCUAGCGAAAAGACGAAUUUUGAUGCCACGUACGAUCUUGAGGAGUUGCUUUUGGAGGAGGCGCCUUUAGAGGCCAGGGCUCGCCGACAGAAGCCUAGAGCAGAGCUAAGAGAAGAUGCGACGCCCAAGGAAAUCAGAGAAGAUGAGCUGUACAAAAUCAUGGAGACAAUGUUUGAGCCGUUCGACUACACCCUGGUUAAGUACGAUGGAACGGCUGCGGCCGCUAUUGAAGCGUCAAGUAACCCCGAAGAACGUCUUCCCUCCACUACACCCUGCCCAGGCUCCGUGCACUCCCGACAGGUCUCGCAAGUCCGCUCCGGAAGCAUAUCGCCGUCUCUAACCGAAAAAUCUUACAACCCUUCCAACGCUUCUGACACAUACUCUCCCCUUGGUGAAACCACACAAUCCUUAACGUCUCGAGACAUAAAUAAACACCGCGGGGCACAUUCCGCUUCGCCACCAAUCCAGCGACCUCCCACUUCCCAGCCCCGACAUUAUCCCUCUCCACCACCCUCCCAUCAAAGAUUCCCAGGCACGACUCGAAAGACCAGUAAAGGUGGAGGUGUACAGAUGGUCCUUGAAGGCUCUGGUAGCUGGAGCUCGCUUGCAGACCAGAAUAGCAUAAAUGAAGGAGCGAAGGGCAAGAGCGCAAAUGGCAUGUUCUCCUUUCUGCGUGGGAAGAAAGGUCGUGAAAAGAGCCCCAAGCCCACUGAACCAGGAAUACUGGGUAAAGAGGGCGCCAGGCAAAUUAUUAGUUGA